AUGAGCAUCAAGGGGGUUUGCAAUUUCAGGAGUCUUGUUAUUUUGGACCUUUCAGCUCAUUGCAUGGCGUCGGCUUUGAUCAGGGUUACUUUCUUUCUUGGGCAGUACCUAUACCUUCAACUUCGCGCGCCGUCGUCCAAACUGUUGAACGACAUUUUACACUACACUACUUCAUUAUACCUUCAUACUUUUACUUUCGGAAAUUUGUAUUCUCAGACACCCACUUGUUUUCCCCCUCUUUUUCUUCUUUUUCUUUUCUUCUUUGCUACACAUACGGCGCCUCCCUCCACGCAUCUAUCCUCCGAGUCCUGUUUUCCUCUUUCUUUCUCUGCCGAAGUAAAAUCAAAAAUUUGCUUCUAUAUCAUUGAUUGGUGA